UGAAGUCACAGGAAGCUCCGUCCUCCUGGAGGGUUGAAAUCUUGAAGAGCAGCAUCAGCCAAGCAGCACAGCAGAAGACAUGUCUCUGCCCUUCCGAAAAGAGUUGGAGAAAUACAAGAAUAUCAAUGAAGAUGAAAUACUCAGCAAACUCUCAGAGGAUGAGCUGAAACAGCUAGAGCACGUUCUCGAUGACCUUGAUCCUGAGAACGCUUUGCUUCCCGCGGGCUUUCGGCAGAAGGACCAGACCACCAAAGCUGCCACGGGCCCCUUUGACAGAGAACGCCUGCUCUCGUACUUGGAGAAGCAGGCACUUGAGCAUAAAGACAGAGAAGACUUUGUACCGUUUACAGGGGAAAAGAAAGGAAAAAUAUUUAUCCCUAAAGAAAAGCCCAUAGAAACCCGUACAGAAGAGAAAGUGACCCUGGAUCCAGAACUAGAAGAAGCCCUGGCCAGUGCUUCAGAUACAGAGCUCUAUGACCUUGCAGCUGUCCUUGGAGUGCACAACAUGGUCAACAACCCAAAAUUUGAUGAAGGAGCCCGCAGUAAAGAUGGAAAAGGAACUAUGCAUUUUACCAACGUGGUGAAAGGCGAAAAGGUCAAGCCCAUCUUUGAGGAGCCACCUAAUCCGACCAACGUGGAAGCAAGUUUACAGAGGAUAAAAGCAAAUGAUCCUAGUCUCACAGAAAUUAAUCUCAAUAACAUAAAGAAUAUUCCUAUUCCAACACUGAAGGAAUUUGCAAAAGCUUUGGAAAGCAACACGCAUGUGAAGACAUUCAGCCUUGCAGCUACUCGAAGCAAUGACCCCGUAGCUAUUGCAUUUGCAGAUAUGUUGAAAGUGAACAAAACACUGAAGAGUCUGAAUGUAGAAUCUAACUUCAUCACUGGGACGGGUAUCUUGGCACUGAUUGAUGCACUGAAAGAGAAUGAAUCCCUCACAGAGAUUAAAAUUGACAACCAGAGGCAGCAGCUGGGGACAGCUGUAGAAAUGGAGAUUGCCAAGAUGCUGGAGGAGAACUCCAAGAUUCUGAAGUUUGGAUACCAGUUCACAAAGCAAGGCCCAAGAACCAGGGUUGCAGCAGCUAUCACUAAAAACAAUGAUUUGGUUCGUAAAAAGCGGGUGGAAGGAGAGCGGCAGUAA